AGGAGAUGACCAGAGACUGCGGACACGGUACAGGAGAUGACCAGAGACUGCGGACACGGUACAGGAGAUGACCAGAGACUGCGGACACGGUACAGGAGAUGACCAGAGACUGCGGACACGGUACAGGAGAUGACCAGAGACUGCGGACACGGUACAGGAGAUGACCAGAGACUGCGGACACGGUACAGGGAUGACCAGAGACUGCGGACACGGUACAGGGGAUGACCAGAGACUGCGGACACGGUACAGGGGAUGACCAGAGACUGCGGACACGGUACAGGGAUGACCAGAGACUGCGGACACGGUACAGGGGAUGACCAGAGACUGCGGACACGGUACAGGGGAUGACCAGAGACUGCGGACACGUACAGGGAUGACCAGAGACUGCGGACACAGUACAGGGAUGACCAGAGACUGCGGACACAGUACAGGGAUGACCAGAGACUGCGGACACAGUACAGGGAUGACCAGAGACUGCGGACACAGUACAGGGAUGACCAGAGACUGCGGACACAGUACAGGGAUGACCAGAGACUGCGGACACAGUACAGGGAUGACCAGAGACUGCGGACACAGUACA